UCCAGGAGAAAGUUAAGAAGUAGAUCAGUAAGGAAGAUGCCAGCCAGUGGGAAACGCCCCCGAAGGCGGUAACGAGAUAGGGGAGCGCCGCUCUAAGUCGGGUGCACAUCUGCCUGGCUGCCUACUGUCAAGUUGGAUUUUUAUGCAAAUUUUCUCUCUCCUACUUUGGUGGGUCCGAGGAUGACGACAGCAACACGACAAGAAGUUCUUGGCCUCUACCGCCGAAUUUUCAGGCUUGCGAGGAAAUGGCAGGCGGCGUCAGGACAGAUGGAAGACACCAUUAGAGAAAAACAGUACAUAUUAAAUGAAGCCAGGACGCUGUUCCAGAAAAACAAAAACCUCACGGACGCAGCGCUGGUGAAGCAGUGCAUAGACGAGUGCACGGCCAGGAUCGAGAUGGGGCUGCACUACCAGAUUCCCUACCCAAGGCCGGUUCAUCUGCCUCCGAUGGGCCUUGCCCCGCUGCGGGGCCGGGGUCUGCGGGGCCAGGACAAACUGAGGAAACUUUCCAAACCGGUGUAUCUCAAGUCCCAUGAUGAGAUUUCCUAAUCCAGAAGAAAGCGCAUUUCUCAGAUGGCCAACUACAUCCUGAAUGUAAACCAGACGGGAAAAAAUUCAAAUAUCUCCUUAAAAACCUCCAAAACAUUGGGCCUCACCGCAUGAUGUGUGCUCAGUUUGUCGGGGCCUUGCUGUCUGAGGGGACUCUAGUCCUAGAGUCACAGACCCCUCAUCCUCCCUGAAGCAUCAUUUGGAAACGACUAAGGCCUGUGGGAGGAAGACUGAAGAAUGACAGAGCUGCUCGUGGAAAUGCCAUCACCUGGCGUGUCAGCUGACAAAUCACCCAGCUGCUGGGAGUUCUCAUGGCUGCUAUCAAACAAUAUACCUCUCAGAAUAUUUUUAGGCUUUCUUUUUAAGUUAUAAAUCUGUUUAAAAGUGGCCUUUUUUAACUUAUAUGCAUAAAUGCAUAACCCAUGGACACAAUGGUGUGGGGAAGGCCUGGAGG